AGAUAAGAAAAAGCAACGAAACCAAUGCCCGGAGACGACAGCAGCAGCGGCACUUUCUCCGAUCAGCUGACGGAGGACAUCCUGACCAACAUCCUCCUCCGGCUGCCCAACGGUUCAUGCAUCGCCAGAUUCCGAUGCGUCAGCAGAUCCUGGCGGAAUCUCCUCUCCGAUCCCCAAUUCAUCCUCAGCAUCCUCCGCUUCCCAAAACACGGCGGCGGCGGCGGCGACGUCACAAACAGAUCAUCAUCCCCCCUCCAGAUCCUAAUCACCGGCGACCUCCGCCGCCACCUCUACUCGUUGCACUCCUACGACACCCUCCGCCCCGUUUCAGCGGGAGGAGGGGAUCUGCCCAGCCUCCGGCAGCCCGCCGCAUUCAGCUUGAUCGUGGCGGGGAGCUGCGACGGCAUAUUCUGCAUCGUGGACAUGAACCCCACCGGCGGUGCCCCCUCGGUCACCCUGUGGAAUCCGGCCACCUCGGAGGUCAAGUCCCUCCCCGAUUCCGCCGGCCCACCGCGCCGGUCGCUGUUUGAUCAUGAGCAGGUCACCGGUUUCGGUUUCGAUCCACGAACCAAUGACUACAAAGUGGUGAGGGUGAUGUUCUUCCAUGAGAUGUAUGAUGAUUGUAAUGAUUAUGAUCUCACUUGGGAGGAGAGAAAUACCAGAGUUACGUAUGCUGAGGUCUACAGCUUGAGGAAUAACUCGUGGAAGAGGCUAAACUUCCACGAGGGUGAUCGAAUCCGGCAACUCGGCAACUUCGUCAGCAACGUCUACCCACAACAGCGAGGCGACGACGACUCUCGAGACCACAGGCAUCGUUGUCACUGGUUCUACGCAUGCUUCGAAGACUGCUUCACUCUUUCCUUCGACAUGACCGAAGAAGUGCUCGACUACACCUCACUGGCUCUCCCCCGUGCCUUCCAUGGCGAUUCACUGAUAGCCCUGAUGGGUUGCUGUAUGCUCAAGGAUUCAACACUCGUCGCCAUGUUUUACGACGGCGACCGCAAUCCGUCGAUGUGGAGUUUGUUGAAGCACGGAGUUGCCGAUUCGUGGACGAGGUUGUACGACUUCAGGCCGCCGGUGUGGCAGAUGGAUUUCUUGAUGGCGUGGAAGGAGGAGGGGUUGUGCAUUUGCUCGCGGGAGAGCCGCCGUGGAAGCAUGAGUUUGGAUCCUGGAGAAGUGGUGGAGGAAACCGAUGGCGUCUACGUUUUUUCUCCGGCCACGGGUGAGUAUAUUGGUGAGCGCAUCGAGACUCUAGCCAGAACUCGUCGGUUCCGGGCUCAUGUGUUUACUCCAACUCAGGUUUCGCUUUCGGAUUUGGUGUAGAAGUGGUGGUAAUGGUUUACAUUAAGGUUUGGUUAAG